CCGAACGUGACUGUCCGCGCAAUCCACAAAAAGACAGAUGAGCUGCUGAGCUUCCGAUCACUCGACCUUACAGGAGUGGACGACGGGCUAAGACGCAGCAAUGGGCUCUGUACAGCGAUACGUGCUGCUGCUGGUGGUGUUUGUGGUGAGGGCAGAGGACGAGCUGUUUCUGGGACAAAGAGAAGUUAUUUUGGAAUUAGACGACCUGGAAAAUGGAGAUUUCACUGAACUCGAUGAAUACAAGCUGAUGCAGAAAGAAGUGCUCCCUGACAUCUCUCUGAUUGAAAGAGAUGCGCUGCGACCAGGUCAUUCUCUGUUUAGCCCCCGCUCCAUGGGGCCCCCACAGAUUCCAUUUCCUCUUGCCCGACCACAGCCCAACAAUGUCCAAGCCAUCUGUCGCUAUGGUAACCAGCGUCCUCGAUAUCCUAAGGAGACCCUGCCUCAGAAUGGCUAUGGUUACCUAGUUCGUCAGGCUAAGGCUGUCAACCAGCUGGAGUCCUGGUUCCCUGUGUGUUGCAGUCAUGGGACUGAGAAUGAGGAGCUGCUUCUGUGCUGCACAGAGCAAGCGUGGAAAAUGUCACUUUCUGCCUUCUGUGAUGAGGAGUUCACUAUUAAGACCAGCCACUUUCACUGUUGCAAGAAGAAAGGAUCACACAGAUGGAAAUGCUUUGAGAACGACGCUCCAAACAAAUCAUAUGAGCCUUCUGGACAGGGGUUGUAUGCUGACAUCCCAUCCAUGACUAUGGACUUUAAGUUUAACCCUGAUAACUGCCAAAAAACAAGAUCACAGAUGGUUCCCAGAGCUGUGAGAGAAAGAAUGACUAGUGUCCUGAACAGCUACUUCCCCCCUGGCUGCCCUAAGUCUGGCAAUAUUGGAUCAAUUUGUGCUUAUCGCAAGCAACGGCGCCAGUACUUCUCCACUUGUCUUCCUCGUAAUGGCUACCUCUCGCCGGCCAAUGAAGUAAAAGCCAUCUAUGAGCUGGAAAAAGGCUUUAAUCAGUGCUGUAAGCAGAAGAAAGGAAGACAGGCCUGUGCUGAGAGGAAGUGGAAGACGAUGGUGGAUGACUUCUGUAUGAAUAAGAAUGUUGAUGGGAGCCAGCUUGCUUGUUGUGAAAAGGAUGAAAGAAAAGAGAAAUAUGAUUGUUUCGCCUAUGCUGCCCCAAAUCCAGACUACAUCCUCAACAAUGACAGUCUGUCUGUCUUACAAGCACGUCCCACUCUGGACAUGUUCUGUGAUAUGUACUUAAGUUAUCACAGAACACAGAGAAUGCUAGAUCAUGGUUUGGAGAUGUUUGCAGGCAAAUUGGCUCAGCAGUGCUGCCACCUAGUGGAAGAGAGGAAUACUGCUUGUUUACACACACAGCUUGACAAUAUUGUGGAUGAUGUAUGCGAUGAUCAAUUCAUGAGGUCUAUGAUCUGUUGCAUGGGGAAUCCGAUGAACCGCUCCAAGUGUGUCACCAAGUACAUCUUGCGCAGGCUUGCCAAUGAGUUGAACUACAAAAGUCAGAAGAAAUGCCCAAUCCUUUCCUAAGAUCCUCUGUCUGGUUGUUGAUUCGUUUUGUUGAGCCAGUGAUUCACAGGCUGGUAUUCCAGAUAUGAAUGUAGUGGAAUUAAUUGAGUGAACACACUCAGAUGGGUUACAAUUUGAGUUGAGCCAAAAUUGCAUUUUAUAUCAACACCACUUACUAUUUUCUGUCUUGUUUACCUUUUUCCUGAAAGAUUAUAUUAGUUAUUUUAAAUGCUUAUUUUUAAUACAUUUUCAGAGCCACAUGGAUGGUUCUUGUUAACUGUGUAGACACUUUCCACAAACAAAAUGCAAAUCACUGUUUUCAAGUAAAUGUGGUAAAUAAACAAAUAGUUUUCUUGUUUAUUA